CCCAAUUAUUGCUGACCCAUUGAGCAUUCUGACUAUCAUUGAUACCUACGUAUUGCAUCCUCGUACCGACCAUCUAUUUUCUCGCACAUCGCAACAUGGUCCGAACAAUCUCACUCAGUGAUGGAAAGAAGAUCCCCGCGGUGGGCUGGGGAAACGGUACCCAGGGUAUCCAGAAAUCUGGACGUAAAGCCAUCGAUCUGGGUGUCUUGGCUUUGAAGGCUGGUGUCCUGCAUAUCGAUACGGCUCAGCUGUACGGUACCGAAAAGGAGACUGGAGAAGCUAUCAAGGAGGCUGGUCUUAAGCCUGAGGAUGUCUGGGUUACAACCAAAAUCUCUGGGUCCAAGGUUCAGAACAACCUUGAGAGCAUCCGAGAAAACGUCAAGGAAAGCAUCGACCUUCUUGGAUUCAUACCCAACCUGAUCCUCAUUCACUGGCCCAAAGUUGUCAAAGACGGUGAUGUUGCCAAGUUCUGGCAACACCUGGAAGCUUUGGUCGAGGACGGAACACUCAAGGGAUGCUCGCUUGGCUUCUCAAACUUCCGACCUCAGGACAUCGAGGCCAUUAUGGAAGUAGCAAAGAUCAAGCCAGUAUGCAAUCAACUGGAGUACCACCCUUAUGUGGUGACACACCUGGACCCUGUCAUCAAAGUUCAAGAGAAAUACAAUAUUGUCACUCAAGCCUAUGGUCCUCUUCAGCCUAUUGUUUCUCACCCAACGGGCGGACCUAUCAAGCCCAUCCUGACUCGUAUUGCGGAGAAAAUGUCCAAAGAGACAGGCAAAAAGGUGGACGAAGCUGCAGUCCUCUACCUCUGGACGAUCGGCAAGAACGUCGUUGCCGUCACGACUUCUGGUAACCCGGAAAACAUCAAAAAGAUGGCGGCAACAGAGGAUCUUCCAGAUCUGACGAAGGAGGAGAUGGAAGAGAUUGAACAGGCCGGUCGAAAGGUCCACUAUCGACGAUAUGAUCAUAUGAACGAGGGUUACCCUAAGGUAGACCUUCCAGAGGAUAUCUGAUGUUGUCUGGAGAUCUGUCAUGAACACCAAUAGGCCGAAAGCGACAGUGACAGACGUACUCGUCUAUACCUCAUGAAUGCUCUUGUGCACCUGUUCGAUUGCGUCAUCACGUGUCGCCCCACAGACCCUCGGAACCUAAUUUUAU